CAAAUACGAUAGUUGAUGGGUUUCUUUUUCCUGAUAAGAUUCUCUCAUCUCAAAUAAUUGCUUUCAGCAAAGAAAAAACAACACAUGUAUUUAAUGUUCUAAAAAUAAAUUUACGCACCUAGUAAAUCGACCAUAGCCGACACGAUUUCUUAAACCUGUUCUAUGCUAUUCAAAUCGAUUUAAAUUGUUUUAAAUUAGUUAUAACUAGUUUAAAUCGAUCUAAACCAGUCUAAAUUGAUUUAUGAAAAAAAUAUAUAGAUGAUUCAACAACCGAUAAUAUUAUGUACUUUAUGAGUAUAUGUCUAACUGCAUCCAUCUUACGAAAAUCCACGUUUAACCAGAUUUACUUGCACUGUGUUGAAAAUCUUUUGUAAAAUUUUCUUCCAUAGUCUCAUAAUUAUUUAAUAGAUCAACUUUUUAGAAAUUGAAAUCCAGAUCUCAUACUAUAAAAUCAUUAAUGAAUUCUCAGUCAAACCCACAACAACUAUGUUUAAGACCUGAAUUCUCUUUAUUCUCUCUUACAUUCGCCCCCUCAACCUACCUCUAUGCUCUUAUAAUAUUUUUCAUACUCUCACACGAUUUCUCUUAAUUUCUCAUACUAAAUCGUCCAUAAUCUCUCACGCAAACAUACUCUUUCGCCCAUUCUCACGUUAUUCAUCACUAAUACAUCUCUGUUGUUAAGAACAUAGUUCGCCAUUAUAGGUCUACUGAUGCUAUCCCGAAAAGUAGGUAGAGAUCCUUCUGAGCGUUCAUGAUUUAAUUAAAUUGUUGCUGGAUAAAGAAAAACUUUAGGUUCGAAGGCACAUUCUACUUUUCCCUUCGUGCUAACGGAAAAUCUUUACAGAACUUACACGGUUACAGUCUCGAUCUUGCAAUCAAAACAAAUAUCUUCCAUACAAAACAGAUCAAAACUCUGUUCAAUCAGUGCAACUCAGAAUACAUAAACUUUUAUCUUAAACACUAAAGCCCAUCCGCUGGUGUUUUGACCUAUUCUAAUGGGCCUCAGAACAUAUCGACAUUCAGCCCAACUAUCAAAACGACACCGCUUCGUUCAUACCCUGGCCCCACAUCCGAGAAGAAACCUUGAAACUCUAAUAAAAACCCGCCGGGGUCUCUCACUGCACUUCUCUCCGCGAGCUCAGAUCUCCGAUCUAAGGCUACUUUUACUCCUCCCUCGUGUUCAUCCACCAUAAAUGUCGAUCUCCGCUCAAAAUCCGGAUAUCUCCGGCGAUAGGCAAUCCGGCCAAGAUGUUCGUACUCAAAACGUGGUGGCUUGUCAAGCUAUUUCGAAUAUCGUCAAGACCUCGCUUGGUCCCGUAGGACUCGACAAGAUGUUGGUGGAUGAUAUUGGUGAUGUGACCAUUACAAACGACGGUGCUACUAUUCUCAGGAUGUUGGAGGUCGAGCACCCUGCUGCUAAGGUUCUUGUAGAGUUAGCUGAACUCCAGGAUAGAGAAGUUGGUGAUGGGACUACCUCUGUUGUUAUUGUAGCUGCUGAGUUGCUCAAGAGGGCAAAUGAUUUGGUCAGGAACAAAAUACAUCCAACAUCUAUUAUCAGUGGAUACAGGCUAGCGAUGAGAGAAGCUUGCAAAUACAUAGAUGAGAAGUUGGUGACUAAGGUCGAAAAGCUUGGGAGAGUUCCAUUGAUAAACUGUGCUAAAACCAGCAUGUCCUCCAAACUGAUAUCUGGUGACAGCGACUUCUUUGCCAACUUGGUUGUGGAUGCCGUUCUGUCAGUGAAGAUGACAAAUCAGCGAGGGGAGAUUAAGUACCCUAUCAAGGGGAUCAAUAUUCUGAAAGCUCAUGGACAAAGUGCGAGAGACAGCUAUUUGUUGAAGGGAUAUGCACUCAAUACUGGCCGCGCUGCCCAAGGGAUGCCACUACGAGUGUCUCCAGCCAAGAUUGCUUGCCUUGACUUCAAUCUUCAGAAGACAAAAAUGCAGCUGGGUGUCCAAGUUGUUGUUAACGAUCCACGAGAACUUGAAAAAAUCCGUCAAAGAGAAGCUGAUAUGACAAAGGAGCGGAUAGAGAAACUUCUUAAAGCUGGGGCCAAUGUAAUUCUGACCACGAAGGGAAUUGACGACAUGGCACUUAAAUACUUUGUAGAGGCAGGAGCUAUUGCAGUUAGGCGUGUUCGCAAAGACGACAUGCGCCAUGUUGCUAAGGCAACAGGAGCAACCUUGGUCACCACUUUUGCUGACAUGGAAGGCGAAGAAACAUUUGAUCCAGCACACCUUGGAUCUGCAGACGAAGUUGUGGAGGAGAGAAUCGCCGAUGACGAUGUUGUAUUGAUAAAGGGAACCAAAACGAGCAGUGCGGUAUCGUUGAUCUUGAGAGGUGCAAAUGACUACAUGCUUGAUGAGAUGGAGAGAGCACUGCACGAUUCUUUGUGUAUUGUCAAGAGGACCCUCGAGUCCAACGCGGUGGUUGCGGGUGGAGGUGCAGUUGAGUCAGCAUUGUCUGUGUAUCUGGAACACCUUGCUACAACCUUGGGCUCUCGCGAACAAUUGGCAAUUGCUGAAUUUGCAGAGGCGUUAUUGGUUAUACCUAAGGUGCUUGCAGUAAACGCUGCCAAGGAUGCAACAGAGUUGGUAGCUAAGCUUAGAGCAUACCACCACACAGCACAGACCAAGGCUGAUAAGAAGCACUAUUCAAGCAUGGGACUUGACCUUGUAAACGGAAUCGUCCGUAACAAUUUGGAAGCAGGAGUGAUCGAACCGGCGAUGAGCAAAGUGAAAAUUAUCCAGUUUGCAACAGAGGCAGCCAUUACGAUUCUGAGAAUCGACGACAUGAUCAAACUGGUGAAGGAAGAUGGCCAAGGCGAUGAGUAAACCAAAGCUCAAAAGCUUCCCUUUAUCUGUCUUUUUAGUGUGUGUGUUUUGUCCGCAUUUUCAGCACCCACCGGCAUUUCUAGCUUAUUGUUUUUUGUCUUUUUUGGCGUAUUUAGCGUUGUACUGAACAAGAUUUCAAUUCGUUGUUCUGCUUUCCCCACCUUGGAUAGGAAUAUCCCUUGCACUUUUUAGAUACUACAGAGGCAGUUUUUUUUUUCCUCUUUACUUUUUAUAUCGUAAUUUGCUUUUUCUUA